AUGCCAGUUCCAAGCAGACAUAUUGGCCGCUCUCAGAGCUGGGAUGCUGCAGGAUGGGACGAAGGCUCCUGGGAGAACGACGGUGCAUUUGAAUGCCAGGAACCUCUAGGGAGAAGGAAUUCACUAACCUAUGGUGGUGAGGGAGUUUGGUGUGAGCAGCCAACCUGUAAACCACAUGAUACCAUCUUGCAAGGAGGUUCAGACUUGAAACAAGACCUGUAUCAGUAUCCGGAGCCACUUUUUAUGCAGAGUUCCUUUUGGAGAGGUUCCAUUCCUGAUUUUGCUUAUUACAACAGACAGCCUGCAAUGUCGGCACGGAGUUCCUUGCCACCUCAGGAUUACUACAAUGAUCCUUCUUUAGCUACUAGGUCACCUAGAGAUUCAUGCUACUAUAGAGAUCACAUGACUAGCAGACCUUUAUCAAAGUAUGGCAUGCCUGGUGGUAGAUUGGCUUGGGACCAGAUGCAAGUACGGUCACCUGUACCACAUGAAGCCAUCCACUUAUACAGAUAUCCUGUGAUUAAGAUGGUCCCUGAGGCACAGAGGAUUCGAAACAGAGAUCCUUCUCUAACAAGGUAUGGUGUUGACCCUUCUGCAUCUAGAUGCAGGGCCGAACUUUCUAUAUUUCCUUAUCGACAAGGUUAUAAUGAUAUAGUACAGAGAUCUGUAGAUUCUGCAGCCAGUAAACAAGUUACUCCAACAUGUUUGGUAAUUGAUCCAAAUUCAACUGCAGCCACUGAUGGAAAUGUAAUUCUACCUGCUACUUCUGUAAAUCGUGCUCAUGGACCAGUCAGAGAAAAUUUCAGUACAAAAGUUCCUUAUGAUGGCUAUGAAGCAACAAUGACACCUUCCCAUAUUCAGAUGCCUGCAUCUUUUCCAGGACAGGACAUUAAAAGGAAUGUGGAUCCAGAAUAUUUAGCAAUGAUGCGUUCUGAAGGAAUAUCAGAAAGCACUCUCAAUGCAUUGCUGCAACAAGGAUUUGAUUCUCCGAGUUUGUUAGCAAUGAUGGAGGACAAUGACAUAAAAUCAGUGGCUCCAAAUCUAGGGCAGGCAAGAGUGCUUUCUCGAAUUGUUCAUACCUACAAAGUAGAAAUGCAAUUCCAGAGGCAGUCUAGGAAAAAUACUAUCAUCCGUCCCAGAAACAGAUCAAACAGUUUUAGUCACCGAAGCGAAUUGUUCCAGAAUGAGUAUGGGGCACACCCUUUCACCAACCCUGUGGUGGAUGGAGUAGCAGUAUAUCAGUCACCAACUGCUUCUGUGCAACCACAAUCUCCAAGAGUAGCAGAAUUGACUCGCCGUCCGUCUAGUGCCCCGACACAGCAUCUUUUGGAAACGGCAACAGGGUUUUCUCAUCAAGUCACUCCUUUUCUUCCCAGUUCUGGAUAUAGUGCUUCGGGCCCAUGCAAUAUGCAUGUUCAUCAAGCAACUGGCUAUUCUGCCCCAUCGGGAAUUCCUGUGAAUACUUUGCAAACAAAUCCACAUGCAAAUUCCAAAAUAGCAUAUUCAACCACAUACACUGUACCCAUGGAACUGAUGAAAAGAAAUCCACCAUUAUCCCCAGUGCACAGCCCUCACAAUAGUCCUCAGGUUCUUCGAAAGGAAGGAGUCCAAGUAGAACCCAAUCUGGUUCCAGUGGGAUUGAGUUUUCCAGGGCAUCAUUCACCGUGUCAGAAAUCUACAAGGCGUACAGGUCCACCCAUCAUUGUCUCCACCAUGACCUCUCCUGAGCCAA